AUGGCCAUCCUCCAGCUCUUUCGCCCUGCCCGGUGGCUGACCCUUCCAUCGCCUUCAGGCUACAACAAACUCAUAUCGUUCUUCGAGAUCCGGGAGAUCAGCGACUCCAAGCUGAAAGUCAGUCGACGACGUCGAAAUCUGCAGCGACAGCAGGAACAACAAAAGCUUCAGCGAGGCCUCUCCGAUGACACAUCGUACCUUGUGAGCUACUACUUCAGCAAUGUCUGUCCCGUCAUAUCAUGUUUCGACUCUCCGACAAACAUCUUUCGACGUGAGCUACCUAGUCUUAUAAGGGCAUCGGAGACGAUUUCUCUGUGCAUUCAGGCUAUUGCAACCGCGCGUCUCUCGCAAUAUGAACCAUCCAGAAUUGAAGCCAAAAUCCCGCUCCGAAAUCGUGCUCUCAAGUCGCUUUCAACCGACAUUGGCAGACUCACCGAGAAAGGGGGGCAUGUAGACGAAACACUGAUUCUAGCUUCGGUGAUGUUAGGCAUGAGCGUGCCCUGGCAUAACCGAACACUGGGGGAUGAGCAUUUUGCCGGCGCCCGGUCGUUGGUGCUGGCAUGGCUAGCCAAUACUAAAAAGCACCAUUCUCCCACGCCUCUUACCCAGCUCAUCCUUCCAAUGCUCGUAUAUUGGGAGAUGCUGGCGUCGUUUGUGAUGCCGGACAGUGCUGGAAUCAUCGAACCCUUGCGAUCUCAGCAUCCAAAUAUCGAAUGUCUCAUAUCCGGAAAAGAGUCCGAACGGGAAGGGAAGGCCAAGCUACAUCCAUUCACAGGGGCUCCGACAGAAAUCUUCGAGCUUGUCGCCAAAGUCGGGCACCUGGUGCGGACGAAGACGAACACGUUCUUGUCUCUUGGAGAAACUCUCGACUCUCGGGCGUCUCACAAUGGUCCAGAAGUACGCAAAUCAUUCAGUGAAAACCUGCAAUGGUCAGCUAUGGUCGAAGAGUGCGAAGCGGCACUGCUGGCAUACCAAGUUCCAUCUCUCGAGGAGGUGGACGAUACCAAUGACUCCAAGACACCGGUUGUCGACUUACUGAACAUCGCCGAGGCAUACCGAUACGCUGCCCUGCUGCAAAUUUAUCGAGCCUGCCCUGAUCUGCUUGAAAUGCGGCUUCCUGUUGUCCAGGGCACGGCCCAAUCCGCGGACAUUGACAGCGAGGCUGCCGCAGACGAGUUCCUCUAUGGGCUUGCAGCCGAAACACUCGAGUGCAUUGCCAAAAUCUCACCCAAUUCCGGAACUCAUAUUGUUCAGCCAUUGAUUCUGGUCAUGGCUGCCAACGAAUUACGCCUCUCAAAGCCGAAGGUCGGCGACGCUGAACGACACAAAGCCGGCUACCGAGAAUGCGAGGACUGGCGUGACUUCUUGUGGGCGCGGUUGGCAAGCUGUAUCGCAAACUUUCGUUCGACACCAAUUGCAAUCACACUGGAUGUGGUAAAGGAGAUGUGGGCAAAGAUUGACGAUGGGCAGCGGGUUUUCUGGCUUGAAAUAAUCUUGGAUAAUGGUUGGGAGACUCUGCUGGGUUGA